GAGUCAACUCCGAAGACUCCGAACCCUCUUAUAACCAUUAGGAUUUGAAUAAUCAACUCGGCUAAAAUUCGAUUAUUCUUCAAAUGAAAUUCAAAAUCUUUUGGAACAGUGAAGAUAUUUAGCGGAACAAAAAAGGAGCAAUUGAGAGGGGAAAGUUCGAAGAUCCCUCCACCAGCAAUAGUCCAGCACCACUAUCAUCACGAUCAUCGUUUUUCAUCAAAAAGCAAAAGCAUCCGAAUCCGCAUCUGUAACAAAUAACACGCAAUCUUGAAGAAAACCCAAUCUCCAAAUUGAUUAGCCGAGGCAUAAUCCGGGAAGACCCUUGAGAGGAAUUAUGGAAAAAGUGAUGGGUAUUCUGAAACCAAAGCCGAAUCCUCAACAGCUGUUGAGAGAAUGGCAGCGUCGUCUUCGCCAAGAGUGCCGGAACAUCGAGCGCCAAAUCCGAGACAUACAGAGGGAAGAGAAGAAUGUGCAGAAAGCAAUAAAAGAAGCUGCUAAGAGAAACGACAUGGGCUCUGCUAAGGCCCUUGCUAGAGAACUUGUGAGAUCAAAAAAAACUGUGGAGCGUCUCUACGAAAAUAAAGCACAGAUGAAUUCUAUAUCAAUGCAUCUUGGAGAAAGUGUUGCGAUUGCCCGAACAGUGGGACACUUGUCAAAGAGUGCUGAAGUUAUGAAACUCGUAAAUAACCUAAUGAAAGCUCCGGAGAUAGCUAUGACAAUGCAAGAGUUUAGCAAAGAAAUGACAAAGGCUGGUGUGAUUGAAGAGGUUGUGAAUGAUGCUGUGGACUCUGCCCUGGAUUCGGAAGACAUUGAUGAGGAGAUUGAUGAAGAAGUCGAUAAGGUCCUGACUGCAAUUGCUGGUGAGACUGCUGCACAGCUUCCUGAAGCAGUGAGGCAGAAGUUGAAACAACCCGCUCAGGCAGUUGAAGAGGUACGUGCGAAAACAUCAUGUGCUUCACUUGGCUUCUUUCCAAGUACGCAAUAAUAUUUCAUACCAAUCUUUCUGUGGUGAUGUGUUACAGGAGGAUGAUGAGGAAGACCUAGAAGAGAUAAGAGCCCGCCUUGCGAAAGUUAGGUCCUAACUUGAUUUUUUUUUUUAAUGAUCCAGAUAAUUAUGUUAUUGAGCAAUACAGGCCUCAAACCACGAUCCUACGAAUUACAAAUUAAUGGAGAACAUUUGGUGUUGUAGAAUGGCUCUUAUUGUAAGUCCUAGCUUUUGUGUAUAUGUAAAGAUUGUGGAUGUAAAAGUUUCUGUUCGAUUCCAAGGAUCAGUAAUAAUAAUAAUAAAAAAACCUCGGAUAUUUGACAAAAUUUAAGUGGAAGCCUAUAAUUUGAAGGAAAAUGCUGUUACCA